GUGGUACGCUCCGCUAUGUUGUCCGCCAUCCAUGUUAGCGACUCUUUGACCAUUCAGAGUUAAAGUUUCAUCAUUUAGAAGAUUAGAAUGAAGCAUUCAGCCAGUUGAGUUAUGGGUCGACGGUCCAAGGAGAAACAGCUUGUGGCUCAAGCCUCUCGUAGAAGAACGGUUCUGCAAAUUGGGAGAGUAUCAAGGAGAGAAGCUGGGGAAGGACCUACAACAAGUGGUCAAAGAAGAGCAAUUAAUCCAAACAGUAUAACAGGAAUUGGGCUUCUUGGAUCAUAUGGUGAUCACAGUGAUGAUGAAGAUGAUGAAGACAAUCUUGAACCUGCCGAGGAUGAAUUUGGUGCUACAAACUCCCAUGAAGAAUCUUCCAAACCCAGUGCAUCGUCAACAGAACAGCACAUGGAAAUUGAUGCAAAACUGGCAGACUUCUUCAAAGAAAUAGAAUCUAUAGAUGCAGACACCACUAGUACUGUCAAUGAUGGAACAACAAACAGCCAGGUAGAAGAAGCUGUGAGUUCUACCACAGAAGAUGAACGUCCCUUGGUGUACCCUGCAGUAGGCUAUGGGAAUAGUGAAGGAGCUGAUUACAGUGGAAGUGGAGCUAAUACCUAUCCAUGGCAGGCCUGCCUGGAUGAAGCCACAAACUGCUAUUACUACUGGAAUAUGGAGACAAAUGAAGUUCAGUGGCAUCCCCCUGAACAGUUUUUGUCAGCAGCUCCUGAAGUGGUGACUACAAGUGAUGAUAAAUUAGAUGUCCCUGGUCAAGGGGAAGAGGAAGGGGUACAAAAAUACCAAGAUGAUGAAGAUGACAGUAAAGCAAAAGCUACAGAAAAUCAAGAAAGACCUUCAGAAGAUGGAUCUGAACCUGACAGUAAGGAGGAGAACUCUAAAGAGAACAGUGAUGAAGAUCCUGACAGUUUUCAAGUGGUGGAUUCUUGGGAGGAUCAAGACACUGACUCAAAUGAACCAAAAGAAGAAGAGAACUCAGCAGUGUUAAGGUCUGAUAAAGUGGAUGAUGAUGAGGAAGAGGAAGUCCCAGCCAAAAAACCAAAGCUUGAGCAAGCAGUCGAAGAUGACUCCGAUGACGACUUUGCUGUUCAGCUGCUGGAAGACACAUAUGACAAAGGAAAACGAGACAUUCUGGUUGAAGAAAGCAUGGACAUGUCAGAUGAGGAAGCUAAGAAAGGCAACGAUGAUAACAAAGAAGAGAAACCUCUGUUGCCACCUGAAGUGUUUGAGCAUCUAAAAGCUGCUCCUGCUGAGGAUAAGAAUGGAGAAAAAUCACAGACAGCUGCUUAUGAAAAGAAGAUGUACAAUAAAGAAGAAGAGGAUCAGAGGUCACAGAUCUUGGAAUUGGCUUCUGUACUCUGCAACAAGCUGGAUUUUUUGGAGGUCUCUCGUGAGGGUGUGUCAAACUUGAAGAUUUUGCUCAUUGAGAUGGAGACAAGAAUCAGUGAUUGGCGAGAAGGUGCUCUUGACAGUCGUCACUUGGUUCACAAGCUCUGUGAGGCUGACACACAGCUCAAGCAGUAUGAGGAGUCUGCUGCCCCCCCUGGCUGGUCGUGCCACUGGGACAGAACGCACAAGCGCUAUUACUACACGAAUCGAAUAACAGGUGAUUCUCAGUGGGAAUACCCCUCAGACGAGAUAGGAGUAGCUGUGAAGGAGGACACGCCCUCUGUAGAGACACCCACCCAGAGCUCAACAGCUGCAGUGUCCAGUUCCCAGACAAAUAUACCAGUGUGGAGCUAUUCAGCUUACGUUCCCUUGGUGCAAGCGCCCGUGAUGUCCGUUGUUACGCCAACCGUACCAGCGGUAUCGUCAUCGGUUAAAGAAGAUUCCUUGGUGAAUCCUCCUGUUCCUGGAACAGAUCAUGGAUCCGAAGAUGUUACCUUCACUGCCUCGUAUCCAGACGAAGCGGACGAAUCACCUCCCCCUCCCCCAGGAACGGACGAUCUUCCACCCCUCCCUCCAGUAGAUUCUUGUGUACCCCCACCACCACCCCCAGAGCCUGUAGAAGUUCCACCCCCUCCUCCUGGGGAAGAAAUGCCAACAAGAGUGUCGACUACAGUAACCAGAGCCAUGUCGCCUUUCAUCAGUGGGCAGCCGACGGUUGCAACCACCAUCGCAAAGUCUGUGCCGCUUUCUCGAUCCAUUGUUGACUAUUCUGAUUUGGACGCCACUAGUGCAAGUCCACCUCUAUUUAUUGAGCCCGCAGCUGUGACUGAAAGCACUGGGACCCAGUUCUCGGCGCCAUCACAGGGAGUUGCAGCUGCUGGUGUGUCCAUACCCACCGGUUCAACGGCCAAACCUAAAGUGAAAAAGAAGAAAAAAGGCUCCAAGGUUGGUACAUCGCUAUUGUCGUCGAAGGCGCGAAAAGUUUCCUCUCUGGUUCAAAAAUGGCAGAGUAUAAAGCAACAAGAAGAACCAGCAUUGGAUAGCAGUGAGGACGAAGAGGACCAAAUCGAUCCCUCUCGACAAAUAGAAGAGUGGAAGAGAGAACAUCUCUCAAGUGGUCAGGCAGCUUACAAUCCCAACUUCGAAGAGAUUAAAGGAGACUGGAGAGAGCGACUCAAACAACGUCAAGCCAAGGCAAGGAGUGGGGCUGCUGACCAGAAAGAUACGUAAGUUCAAGACAAUCGAAUGAAGAGAAGAGAAGAGCGGAUUGGCACCAAUCCUUCACGGUGGAAUACGGCUGCUUGGCGCAGAAGUGGACAAAAUCCAUAGUUAGAAUUUAAACUAGGCAACAAUUGUGUACUUUUGCCGUGGAGAAUAGGAAUUUGAACGUAGAAACAAUGAAUUUGUUACAACGAAAAGUUUAUUUCGGUGGUUUGACUAGAGCAUGCAAUGUAGAUUUGUUCAUUUUAAAGCUCUCUAGUAUAAAGGAUUACCAAAGGAUUACCCAAGGAUUACCUUAGGCAUGCUUCCCCAAGGGCAGAAAGAACUCGUGUCAUAUCUAUUAGCGACUAAGACUUCGUAGGUGAGGUGUUGAUGUUAGACCUCACGUCCAUAAACGGCAAAUAACUAUUUUAUUGACAAA